CGGGUUGUUUUCAAGCGGUACCAAACGGAACUGAAGCAUCGUGGAGUGUUUUCCAUUUAGUUUUUUUAACGAGUGACUGGAAAGAGGGAAGGUUUCCAAGAAGAAGCCAAGUUAGGGUUACCUAGGCGACCUUUAGAACUGUUAGGAAGGAGGCCUCGAGGGAAAAUUCACGGCACUUUAUCAUUUUGAUUGGGUAAUUGGGUCUGAUGUUGAACCAAAAUAUUUGGCCAUCCUUAAAUACUGAGUGUGGUGUAAAUGAGAUUGGGGGGGGGGGAUGUCUGCAGUUUUUUGCCCUGUAAAGCUGUCUUAGUACCGGUGUCCCCAUGAGGUUUCUAGACCACUCGGUUGAAUACUGAUACACUCCCAGGAGUAUGUUACUAAUAACUUACGCAGCAGUUCACAUUGCUGCUCAGUGGAUUUGUAUACAUGGGGGGAUCCAAACGACACUUGUGUUUAGCUACCUUUUUGUGUCAUGCAAACUUCCUUUUAACUGUCAUGCAUUUUUCUAGUAAUAGCUCUUGGAGUCUGCAAUAAAAAAUGGCCUCCAAUAAAACUACAUUGCAAAAAAUGGGAAAGAAACAGAAUGGAAAGAGUAAAAAAGUUGAAGAGGCAGAGCCUGAAGAAUUUGUAGUGGAAAAAGUAUUGGAUCGAUGUGUAGUGAAUGGGAAGGUGGAGUAUUUCCUGAAGUGGAAAGGAUUCACAGAUGCUGACAAUACUUGGGAACCUGAAGAAAAUUUAGAUUGUCCAGAGUUAAUUGAAGCGUUUCUUAAUUCUCAAAAAGCUGGUAAAGAAAAAGAUGGUACAAAAAGAAAGUCUUUAUCUGACAGUGAAUCUGAUGAUAGCAAAUCAAAGAAGAAAAGAGAUGCUGCUGAUAAACCAAGAGGCUUUGCCAGAGGUCUUGAUCCUGAACGAAUAAUUGGUGCCACAGACAGCAGUGGAGAGUUAAUGUUUCUUAUGAAAUGGAAAGAUUCAGAUGAGGCUGAUUUGGUGCUGGCAAAAGAGGCAAAUAUGAAGUGUCCUCAAAUUGUAAUUGCUUUCUAUGAAGAAAGACUAACUUGGCAUUCUUGUCCAGAAGACGAAGCCCAAUAAUUGUUUGCAUUGCUUUUUAUAUAUAUUUAUACAUAUAUAUAAAAUCUGGGUCUUGGUCUUUUUUUGAUUUAUUAAUGUGAAGAAAGAACUACAUUAUAAUGAAAAUCAAGUUUGAUAUGUUUGUUUUGAAGUAGUGCUGGGGAGUUGUUGGGGGGGGGUUGCAUCUAUAGCACUGGUUACUUUGAACAAAAGCUUUCUGUAGUUGCUUCCUUUAUCAGAAAAGAACAUUUGAUACCAUGUUGUAUUUUUUUCCUCUGCAUUAGAGAAGCUUUUCUAAAUGUUGAGGGAAAUCUCCAUAGUCAUUACUCAGUCAGAAUUUGUAUGUGCCUAAGGAUCAUUGUGGGGUUUUUGUUUAUUGGGGAGGGUGGGGGGAGCGGUAGGUGUGUAUACAUAUGUAAAUGGUUUUCUCUCUUUUUUUUUUUCUUACCAAAACAAAACCAUUUCACAACCAUAGAUAAGCUCGUGUUUCUGAACUGCCAUCAUUUUCAGCAACCUAAGGGAAAAAAUCAUUUGAAGUUAAAUUGAAAUUUUUCCUGAAGCUUUAAACCUUUGAAAAUAGAUAAUUUAUAAUUAAUUGGACAGUUUAAAUAUAAUGUAAGCAGUAUAAAUUGGACAAUUUAAAGUAGACAUAUCAGAAUCCAUUUCUACAAUCAUAAAUGCAAGUUUAUUUGCAAAACCCCUGAAAGGAAAAUUUUAUCACUGCCAAUAACCUCCUCACCCAAAUGAGAAAAGUAGGCAAACCCUGAUGUGUUUUAUUUAGGUAAGCAAUACUUAUUUAAAGGUUUCACCUCAUAAAAUGUUCCUUUAUAAGAAGUUUAAAUCCCUAUGCUAGAUUGACUAAAAAAAUAGGGUCAUGGAAUGUGUAAGACUUUAUUCAUGGAUACCGAAUCAGAUUGUUGGAGACCUUGGCAAUUUGGGACCUGCUGGAAUAAAUGGAUGAACAGACUUUUUGUAAUCUGAACUCUUGGUCUGAAUGUUUUCUCUUUACUCCAACUCAGUCUUCACAUGUAGGCUCAGUCUCAGUAUUUGGGGUACUGGUUCGACAAAAGCCAGGAAAAACAAUAGCUUUGUAGUAAACAGAAUGUUACCCAACUGUAUAUUGUUUACUUUAUUGUAAAUACUGGUAAACAGUGGUUAAUAAAUAGUUUUAUAUUCCUUUGUGA